AAUAUUUACCUAUCCUGCUCUACCUAUCACUGUUUGAUUAAGGUAGCACUUCCUCUGAAUGUGCAUACUGGCUAUACCAGUCUCGACGGCUUAGUGCAGAGAUUGUUCCCUCGUCUUCUUCAUAUAGUGCAUUAACUGUAACAGAUGACAUAAGGAAGCUAAAUGAUUUCAAGCCUCUUCUUCUCUAUGUUGCUUUUAUUAACUUCUUAAAUGUAGGUUGAUUUCAUGGUAUCAGAGCCUUGAGGCCUUGUCCUGCUUCUUCUUUUUCUCCUCCGAAUGGCCAAACAGGAUUCCGCUUCUUCUGCAUCGCCUGGUUCAUUUCUAUCAGCAUCGAUGGCUAAGUUCUCCAUUCCAUCUUCCUUGAUGUUUCUUAUGAACGAUUUGAAGAAUAUUGUAUCUACUUCUCUUACGAAUGAUAACUAUCCUAUUUGACGUCUGCAAGUGUUCAAGUUGUUCUCUGCAAAUGGUUUUGAAGGUUAUUUGACCAGAAAUAUUUCACCACCUGCUGCAUCUUCGACAAAAUCAGGUUCUCAAGACCUUCGGCUUUGGAAACUUGUUGAUCAAAAUUUAGUUUCAGCCUUGUUGUCUAUAAUUUCUACAUCAGUACUUCCUUAUAUUCUUUCUUUGUCUACUACUCAUGAGAUUUGGAUAACCUUAGAAAAACGACUUCAGCCAACAAAUCAGUCACGUGUAAUUCAACUUAAAAAUGAAUUACACCAUAUUCAAAUGAAGGAGCUCUCUAUGACUCAAUAUAUGUCUCAAAUCAAAGCUCUCAUAGACAAUAUUGCCACUUCGGGAGAUCACAUUGAUGUUGAAGAUGUUAUUCUACACACCUUAAAUGGAUUGCCCUCUAUUUAUAAUCUAUUUAAGUCAGCUAUUUGCACUACUCAACAGACGGUCAGCCUGGAUACCUUGUACUCACUUCUAUGUAGUGAGGAAAUAAAUUUGCAAAAUGAACAAAAGGAUAUGUUGCCACUGUCAGAUCACACAGUCUUAUGGACAACUCGUUCCAAUGCAGCUCGUGGUAGGCCGGGUUUGCCAGGUCAUGGACGAGGAGCUCCCUUCAGAACAAAUACUCCUAGAAGCAAUUUCAAUAAUAGGCAGUUUACUCUGAGCUCCAAUGUUCGCACUCCUACUCCUUCCACAGUUCAUCUGACUUGUCAAAUCUGUGGCAAACUUGGGCAUAUUGCUCUUAACUGUUGGCAUCGCUGUAAUAUGCAAUAUGCACCAACAACGUCCAACUCUAAUCCUAGUGCUUUUCUCACGAAUGCAAAUAGUUCGGUAACCUCUCCGAUUACUGAAUGGGUGCUAGACUCUGGUGCAUCCUCUCAUCUCACAUCAGAUGCAAAUCAACUUCAGCAACGUGCACCUUAUGUGGGAACUGACCCUGUCUCUAUGGCAAGUGGUGGAACUCUUUCUAUACAUCAAAUUGGCCAAGGAAUUCUUCCCUUACCUGAUCCAAAUCGGCUUCCUCAGCAAGGAUCUUUUGGACAAUAGCAUCCUUCUCCGUGGCCGGUCUCAAGAUUGUCUCUACCCGGUUCACACUAUGUCUGUCACUCGAAGCUCUUCAUUCCACUGUUCGCUCUACUGAACCUUAGCAUGCUCAGCAUGGUCAUCCUAAUAUUAGUACUUUACGGAUAUUAGCAAAUGUAUUACCUUAUAUAUGUACUCUUUAUGUUACUUUUUUAUGUACUUCAUGUAAUAUGGCCAAGAGCCAUAAACAACCCUUUCAUUUAUCUCAUAGUAAUGUACUUAAACCCUUUCAAUUAAUACAUUCUGAUGCUCGGGGACCUGCUCCUGUCGCUUCACUUCA